CUUCUCUUGUGCUGUUCCUCUUCCGAUUCCCUUUUCAACUAACCUCUUUUUCUCUCUCUUAAUCUUCAUAUUCUUUGCUCUCCUCUCUCUCUCUCUCUCUCCCUCAACACAUCUGGUAAACUGCUCACUCUGGAUUCGACUCUUGCCAGUAUCUGUAUCUGCAAUGGGGAAGAAGAAGGCAGAAGAUGCUGGUGGAGUUGCGAAGGCUAAGACCGGCAGCUCUAAAGACGGGAAAAAGCCUGCUGUCUCUGCUUUACUGGCUGUCAUGGAGCCGAAACCCGAUAAGCCCAAGAAAGUUUCUUCCUCGACCACAAAGGUGAAAACAGCUCCGAAAGUUUCGUCUUAUAUCGACGGUGUUGACCUUCCUCCAUCUGAUGAUGAAGAAGAGGACUAUGUUUCAGGAGAUGAACAACAAGAAGAUGGUGCGCGCAAACGGUCCAAUCAGCAGAAAAGGCCUGAUUCCAAGACCCUUGAUGUGUCAAUUACAGACAAAGAGUUGAGAAAGCGUGAAAAGAAGGAUCUUCUUGCCGCCCAUGCUGUUGAGCAGGCGAAGAGGGAGGCUCUUAAAGAUGACCGUGAUGCGUUCACCGUGGUUAUUGGAAGUCGGGCAUCGGUUCUGGAUGGGGAAGAUGAUCUUAAUGCUAAUGUCAAGGAUAUAACAAUUGAGAAUUUUUCUGUGUCAGCUCGGGGAAAGGAACUUUUGAAGAAUACAUCGGUGAAAAUAUCUCAUGGUAAGAGGUAUGGUUUGGUUGGACCAAAUGGUAAAGGCAAAUCCACUCUAUUGAAGCUUCUUGCCUGGAGGAAGAUUCCAGUGCCAAAAAACAUUGAUGUGCUCCUAGUUGAACAAGAGAUUGUUGGUGAUGAUAAAACUGCGCUUGAAGCAGUCGUUUCAGCUAAUGAAGAACUUGUCAAACUUCGGCAAGAGGUUGCAACAUUGCAGAGCUCAGGUUCAACUGCAGAGAGUGAUGAAAAAGAUGACGACUAUGAUGACAAUGAUGCGGGAGAGAAGCUUGCUGAAUUAUAUGAAAAAUUGCAAUUAAUGGGGUCAGACGCUGCAGAAUCUCAAGCCUCAAAGAUUCUUGCUGGGUUGGGAUUCACAAAGGAUAUGCAAGGCCGUCCAACUCGGUCAUUUAGUGGUGGUUGGAGAAUGAGGAUUUCAUUAGCUAGGGCACUCUUUGUGCAGCCAACUCUUUUGUUGCUUGACGAGCCCACUAACCAUCUUGACCUAAGGGCUGUUUUGUGGUUGGAAGAAUACUUGUGUAGAUGGAAGAAAACCUUGGUUGUUGUUUCACAUGAUCGGGAUUUCCUAAACACAGUUUGCACCGAGAUUAUUCAUCUACAUGAUCUGAAACUCCACUUCUACCGUGGAAACUUCGAUGAUUUUGAAAGCGGGUACGAGCAACGUCGCAAAGAGGUCAAUAAGAAGUUUGAGAUUUACGACAAGCAGGUGAGGGCUGCUAAAAGGAGUGGGAAUCGGGCUCAGCAGGAGAAGGUCAAGGACCGAGCAAAGUUUGUGCAAGCUAAGGGAGCAUCGAAAAGCAAGGGUAAAGGCAAGAACAAUGCUGAUGAGGAUGACAACACACCACCUGAGGUCCCGCAGAAGUGGCGGGAUUACAGUGUGGCGUUUCACUUUCCCGAACCUACUGAGCUUACGCCUCCACUCUUGCAACUAAUUGAAGUCAGCUUCAGUUAUCUGAAUCGGCCAGAUUUCAGGCUGUCGAAUGUCGAUGUGGGCAUUGAUAUGGGGACCCGAGUUGCUAUUGUUGGACCUAACGGAGCUGGAAAAUCUACAUUGCUCAACCUUCUUGCGGGUGAUUUGGUUCCCAGUGAAGGUGAAGUACGGAGGAGUCAAAAGUUGAGGAUUGGUAGGUACUCCCAGCAUUUCGUGGACCUCUUGACAAUGGAUGAAACGCCGGUUCAGUAUCUUCUUCGUCUCCAUCCAGACCAAGAGGGUCUUAGCAAGCAAGAGGCUGUCCGUGCAAACCUCGGAAAAUUUGGACUCCCCAGCCACAACCAUCUCACUCCAAUUGCAAAGUUAUCCGGGGGGCAGAAAGCUCGAGUUGUCUUCACCUCAAUAUCCAUGUCAAGGCCCCACAUAUUGCUGUUGGAUGAGCCUACAAAUCACUUGGAUAUGCAAAGUAUAGACGCGCUGGCUGAUGCGCUUGAUGAAUUUACCGGCGGAGUCGUGCUAGUCAGUCACGAUUCGAGGCUGAUAUCGCGCGUAUGCGAGGACGAGGAAAAGAGCGAAAUUUGGGUCGUCGAGGAUGGUACUGUACGGUCUUUCCCGGGGACUUUUGAGGAGUACAAGGAGGAGCUACAAAGAGAGAUUAAAGCUGAAGUUGAUGAGUAAUUAUGUCUCCAUGAUGAUGUUUAUACCCUUCACAACCAAAAUUUUUCAGGCUUUUGCUCUGUUUUUUUUUUUUUCCUUAUUAUUUUUGAGUGGUAUGAUUAAUAUUAUAACCUUAUUCGCUGAACUUAUGAACUUGGGUUUUCUG